GAGAAGAAGAGAAUUAAGAAACCGACAACAUUUCUGGGACCCAAAAGGCUGAUUCUCUUGCAUGACAUCAUUGGGCUGAAGAAGAAGAGAAGAUAACGAUCCUCUCUGGGAAGCCGCACGGCCAAGAGAAAGUACUGAAAAAAGGAAGCAAAGCAACACAUGGGGGACUCCUACUGUCCGGAGUGCAAGCGGGCGACGGAGGUGGUGUUCGACCACUCGGCGGGGGACACGGUGUGCUCCGAGUGCGGCCUGGUGUUGGAGGCGCACUCCAUAGACGAGAAGUCGGAGUGGCGGAUCUUCGCUAACGAGUCGGGUGACAACGACCCGGUGCGGGUGGGCGGGCCCUCCAACCCGUUGCUGGCCGACGGUGGGCUCUCCACGGUGAUUUCGAGGCCCAAUGGGGCGUCCGGGGACUUCUUGUCGUCCUCGUUGGGCCGCUGGCAGAACCGCGGCUCCAACCCGGACCGUUCGCUCAUUCAGGCUUUCAAGGCCAUUGCCACCAUGUCUGACAGAAAGCCUGAUGCAAGAAUUUGGUAUUUCAGGUUGGGCCUUGUUGCAACCAUAAAGGAUCGAGCAAAUGAAAUAUAUAAGAAAGUAGAAGAUCAAAAACCUCUCAGAGGACGAAAUCAGGAUGCAAUUUUGGCUGCUUGCCUCUAUAUUGCUUGUCGUCAAGAAGACAAGGCCCGCACUGUGAAAGAAAUUUGUUCUGUUGCUAAUGGAGCCACAAAGAAGGAAAUUGGCCGUGCAAAAGAGUAUAUUGUGAAACAACUAGAAGUAGAAAUGGGUCAAUCCAUGGAAAUGGGAACCAUACAUGCCGGGGACUUUCUGAGACGUUUUUGCUCCCAUCUUGGCAUGAAUAAUCAAGCAGUUAAGGCUGCUCAAGAAGCCGUACAGAAAUCUGAAGAGCUUGAUAUAAGGAGGAGCCCCAUAUCGAUUGCAGCAGCUGUAAUUUACAUGAUAACUCAGCUGUCGGAUGACAAGAAACUUCUCAAAGAUGUGUCUCUUGCCACCGGGGUGGCUGAAGGGACGAUCAGGAAUUCGUACAAGGACCUUUAUCCCCACAUUGCGAGGCUAAUACCAAGUUGGUAUGCCAAGGAGGAAGACCUCAAGAACCUCUGCAGCCCAUAGAAUAUAUAACAACAGUUGCAUGCUUUGCAGCAUUUUUUAUUUAGAUGCCGCUUCUGUUGUUUUGGACAUGUAAGAACUUUUUCUGCUCCUAGAUUAUCUGGCUUCUAACUUGUAUUUCCGAGUUACUUAGUCUCACUCAAAUUAGGUGCCAAGCCUACCAAUGAAGUGCUUUCAUCUGAUGUGGCAAGAUCCAUUUUCUUUUGUGUUGUUUUGCUUUGGAGGGUGAAGCACUUGAACCUUAAAGGUUGGGUUGUGUAGCUAAUUUUGUAAUUUGGUGGAAGGGAAAAGUUAGAGCUUGACAGUGUUCAGUAAUGCUAGAAACCAUAUUUUUAUCUUACAAUGCUGACCUGGCAGACUGGUAGUUCCAACCAACUUUUGGUUCAGUACUUGUUAAAAAAAAAUAAAAAAAAUUCAAGGGUUGGUUGAGACUGUCAUAUCAGCAUUAUAAGAUAAUUGUAGGAUAAAAAUGUGGUAUAUAACAUUAAACUUUCUUUUCUUCUUGUAAUUUGGUGGGCGGGGGAAAAUUUUGGAGACUGGUAUAUAACAUUAAUCCAUGUGAUUGCUGCACAUUUAGAGCCACUUUAAACAGCUUUAAUUUUUUGUUUCAUAGUGAUUUUCUUUGUACCAA